AUGCUGGUUGUAGAUGCAGACAAGGAUGGCAGUAAUUCAGAAUCUCCAACAACAGAUUCUGAUGAUGAUGAUGAUGAUUAUCGUAUUGAAUCAUGUUCGCAUACUCAUCGUUCAUGUAGUCGACAUGCACCUUGUAAUAGACUUCAACAUCAGCAUUUAUCGACCGAGUCUUCAACUCAUGUCAGCCUUUCGGCUAGUUCCAAACCAGCCAAAAACGAUAUACGAACAAUCGACAAACAAUCAGGACAUCAAAAGAAGUUCGAUGGAAUCAAAUGGCGUCGUAUAUGUUCUGCUCCCGGCUGUACAUUGUAUUUAAAUCGCGGAAAAUUUUUUCAAAAUUGGUUAUGUAGAAAGCAUUAUUCCCUUAAGACGGACGAUGACGUUUCUCACCGAUCAAACAGUGCAAUAGCAGAGAAAACUACGACAAAAGUUCCUAAACCUAUUCGAAGACCGAGAAAAUUAUCCAUUCAAAAAGCCAGUCAAAAGGAACAACUUCAUAAACAAAACAACAUGAGGAUUACUUCUGAAGGUGCCCGUCAGAGGUACGACGGUCGCUAUUGGCGUCCCGUGUGUGGUUACGAUGAAUGUACAUGUUUUAUUGUUCGAAAUGGUUAUUGUCAUCGACAUGAUAUAGUAAUGCGAACAGAGAGCGGCAACAAUCCAUCGAAAUCACUCAAUAUCGAGUCUCAAACAAACUCACAAAUCACACCAUCGAUGUCGAACCCGAAAAAAGGCGAUGUUCAAAUGGUACGACAGUUAUGGAAUGGAUCGAAAUGGUAUUCAUUGUGUAAUUAUCAUACACGGAAUUGUAUGCGAAGGGCGAGAGGAAAGAAACAUAAAUAUCUUUGUGAUGCACAUUAUAAAGAGUAUCUGAAGAAACAAAAAGAUCCUAGUUUGAUUGAUCAUUCCGAUCAAAUCCCGAUAUCGCCAACAGUAAAACGAAAGAAAUUAAUCAUCGAUGAAGAAGAUCCUCCGACAAAUCAACAACAUUCUCAAUCGUCUAUCGUUGUAAUGAAGCAUACAGAACAAUGCAUUCAAACUGAUGUAACUUAUCCAUUAGAAUCAACGAAGCUCAGCCAGGGUUGUAUUUUCAUCGACGACAAUGAAAACUAUCACAAUCAAUCGGAAUCAUGUCAGAUUUCAGCUGCCGUCAAAAAAGAAGAUGAUUACAUUAUCAAAAAACGACAUACGCCCAUUAACGUGAAUGCAUAUCCAUUCGAUUGUAAAAUUGAAUUAACCAAAAUAAAUAGCAACACAUUUUAG